UAUAUGUAUCUCAGCACGCAACCUAUUUCACCCAGUUUUGUCCGAUCCGACGAACCACCUUACCUUUGGGUCGUGAACUAACGAAAAUGCCCUACCCUCAUUUUUUGCAUAAAUUUAUUGAACACGAUCCAAAAAUACGUAGUGGUAGGCGGGAAUACCCAGCUAUUUUUAUUUGCCUCGAACGCGCGUUCACUUUCCGCGAUUGAGAAAGUUACAAUAAAGUAAUUAAAUCGAACAGAAAUGCAAUCGCGCUUGUGCUAUGGUUUGAGAUAAUUUUGUUUAUCGUAAUUAUUGUGGCUAUCAACAUACAAUUUCCGCUUCCCACAUCGAUAGACAUUUUUAAUUUCUGUGCGAUCAUUGUUACUGGACCAUAUCCGUCAGCAGUAUCACAGGUGAAAAGAUGGCGGAAGAAAUUCCUCUGCCAGUAAUCGACUUUCAACCGCAGAACGGGUGCAUCGCUAAGCACGCGGGCUUGGACGAUUUCAAAACCGUCGACGAAUUACGACUUUAUCCCCAAAGAUCGACCGAUUACAAAUAUCUCGUGACAAACAAGCAAAACGACAACAUGUAUAAAGUCCAAAUCGACUCGGAAGCGAGCCACUGUCAACCCCAGAGGCCUUACACCAUACAAUUACUCGACAAUUCCGACGCCCCAAUUAUGAAAAUCACCCAUUCGAUCGGAUGCGAAUCGUGCUUUUGCUGUGCACUCCCCCAGAAGGUCGACAUGUUUACACCGCCCGAUACACCCGUGGGUAGCUUGGAGCAAGAGUGGAACUUGCUAUAUCCAACUUUCGCGGUGAAGAAUGAGAAUAAGGAGAUAAUGCUCCGAAUAGAAGGACCAUGUUCGCGGCUUACAUGUUGCUCGGAUCCAGACUUCAAAAUCAUAACACCGGACGGCGAGAAGGAGAUCGGGCAGAUAUCACGAGAACACUACUUGUACUCAAAAAUAACGUUCGCGGAGACUUUGGAUGCGAAGACGAAGGCUCUGCUGCUUGGAUCGUGUCUUGUGGUUAAUUUAACUUAUUGGAACGUGUAGCAGGGGCGUUUUUGUGUAUCAGUUUCAUAUAAAAUAUAUUCAUAACCAAAUCCCAUUCGGUAUCGAUAACAAUAAAGUUCCGAAAUAA